AUGUGGCCCGAGGAGUUGGGCGGCGGGGCGGAGCCGGGUCCCAGCGGCAGCCUCUUACCUGUCCAGGUAGCUCGCAUUUCCAGGCGAGCGGCGGCGGCGCCCGCACCACCUGUCGUGGGGUGCGCGGGCGGGGAGCGCGGCUGGGGGCCAUGGCCUGGUAGUGUCCCCUGCGGAGACGCUGCGGAGUUCAGUCAGGGGCAGGACAGAGCGCGGGAGGGCAAGUCCUUCCCUCGGGGACAGACAGGCCUGCAGCAGCAUGAAAAAGAACCAGACGAUGCAGGGAACCUUCAGCAAACUCUUUGGGAAGAAGCAUGCCAACUCUGCCACCACGUCCCUCUACGCCACCAACCCACCCUGGAUUUUCACCCAAGAGGCCCAGGAGGAGGGGACCAGGGACUUUGAUGGGAUCUAUUACGGAGACAGUCGAUUCAACACUGUGAGUGAAUCGGGAACAGCCACGCUGAAAGCCCGGCCCAGAGUCCGGCCCCUGCUGACCUUCCUUCCCCUGAAUGCCCAAGAGAACCACGGGCUGGCUGUACCCACCCCCUCAGUCCCAGAGGACUUUGCAGACAAAGAAGUGGGAGGUACCAGCUCUCUGGUGAACGGCAACCUCCGGCUCUACAGCUCUGUGGGCGACCUGAGGCCUGGACACUAUGACCUCGACUCAUCCAUCCCCCCACCUCCCCCAGGCCCAGCCCCAGGGCCACCCCAGGACACUUCACAGCCUCCAGGGGAGUCCCCUCCACCACCACCUCCGUCUGUCCCUCCCCCUCCCCCUCCCCCUCCCCUGCUGGUGGAACCCCCACCCCCACCCAGCACAGCCCCACCUCCACCCCCAGUACUGGACACUUUAUCUCCCUCAGCUACCCUCUCCCCACCAUCGACACCUACCCCUCCAGACUUCAUCCCCCCUGCCCCACCGUCAGCUUUCCUGAACCUCCCUCCGCCUUCUUUGCCAGCCCCAGGACCCCCAACCCCAGUCUCUCCUCGUGCGACUGGAACGCGUAUUAUCAAGUGGAAAUCAGAAGUGGCACUCAAUGGCAGGCAGCCAGAAGACCCCAGAACCAGUGCCCCCCAAAGCCCCGCUGAACUAAAGGGGAGCCACCUAGGGCCUAGCCCCGAAUCCCACCUCACCUUCCCCAGGUCAUUCAAGGUGCCUCCCCCAACUCCAGUCAGGACCUCAUCUAUCCCGGUUCAGGAAGCACCAGGAGCUUCCCCAGAGGAGGAGGAAGCCAGCCAGAAGGCCUUGACACAUCUCCCCCUGCCUCCCAGCUUCAACAUCCGCCCUGCAUCUCAAGUUUAUCCAGACAGGGCCCCAGAGCCAGAGAACCCCAGAGAGCCCAGGCUUGAGACAUCAGGCAGCCCAAGGCUCAAGCAGUCUGAACCCCAGACAAAUGGACAAGCUGGAGUUCCACCUCCAGCCCCUCCCCUGCCCCCAGCUGCUCCCCGACUCCCUCCACCAGCACCCACUCUGCCCCCAGCUGCUCCCCCACUCCCUCCACCAGCCCCUCCCCUGCCCCCAGCUGCUCCCCCACUCCCUCCACCAGCACCCUCUCUGCCCCCAGCUGCUCCUCCUUCGCCUUCUACUGAGCAGGCAGUCGGUCCAUCUUCUGGACUUAUGAAGACCCCCAAGUCCAGCUCCCCUACUCUCCAACCCAAACCCAACCCCCCCACUCUGGAGGACACAGACUCGUCAGAACCAGUUGACUGGAGAGACCCCAGGCAGAUGGAAAAACUUCGAAGUGAGUUGGCAGCUUAUCUCUGUGGGUCCAGGAAAGAGGAUCGGUCACUCAGCCACAGGCCAGUCCCUCCAGUGGCCUUGAAGGACAAGGGGAGCAAGAAGGGUCCCAGCCUAUCAGAGGAGGCAGCGACUCCAAGCCUGCCCGAGAAGAUACACCCAUGUGGUCCUGAGAAGAGCCCCUCCAGCAGCAGCCUACCAGAGAGAGAAGCCACCAGCAGCCUGACCCUACCCCCUGUGGACUACAUCCCCCAGCCUACUCCAGCCCCCAGUGUCAGGCAGAUCCGGGAUGAGCUAGAGGCUCGGUUGGCCUCCUCAGUGGAGAAAGAGGCCAAGCCCAGCAUAGCAUCUCUGCCACCCAAACCCCGGCUGGAAGGGGGGAGAAUCUUUGAAAACGGCUCUGAGAAUGGCAGAUUCCAUAAGCCUGUCACCAAGCUGUCGGCCACUCCUCUACCUGCCACACCACUCCAGUCCAAGAUUACACCUAGUCCAGCAGCCCCACCCAAGGCCACACCUGGGCCAGCCACACCAUUCAAGCCUGCACCCAGGCAGGCCAUACUACCUAAGACCACACCUGGGCCGGCCUUGCCACUGAAGCCUACACCUGAGCAGACCACAUCAUCCAAGGACACAGUUGGGCAGGCCACAGCACCCAAGGACGCACCAGGGCAGGCCAUACCACCCAAGGACACACCUGAGCUGUCCAUCCCAGCAUCUCAGCUGAUUGCCAAGAAAGACCUUGUCCCAGUGAGGCAGAGAGAAAAGCCAGAAUCUCAAGAAAAUGCAGUGGCCACCCAACUGUCCACAAAUGGAACACUCUCACCUCCAGCCCUCCCACCAAAGAUGUCCACUGGUGGAGAGGAGGUACCAUUUCUCUACAGACCCCAUCGCAGCCAGAACAGCCACAGCCGAGGGGUUCCUGUGGUAAUUCCCACUCCGGCCAGGGGGGAAGCCACAGGCUCCGGGGGACAAGCGGACGAAAAGGAGCCCGAAAGCCAUCCCGCCAAACCUCUUACCCAAGUCCAGCCUGCCGACCAACUCCUCAGACACCCGGUGACUGGGGAGGUGGUGGAGCGGGGCUCCCCAAUGGCCCUGCUCCUCGCAGCUAGACAGAGGGCACAGAAGACCAGGCCUGGAGGACCUGCCAUGGGACUGGGACGGUCCUCUCUGCCAGGGAGUCUCCGUGACCAUAGCAACCAAAUAGAGGCCGGCUCUGACAGCAUCUUUUACAGAGGUAGCCGGCCCAACUCCUUCCUCGUGGUCCCUAAGGCACCCAGCGAGACAGAGGGCUCCCACCUGACCUCAGCACGGCCCGCUGGACCCAGUCAGUGGAAGCCCCAGCAGGAGCGAGACUCACAGGGCCCAGAGCCAACCCAUAGGCAUGGGUGGACCAAGGCCGAGUCCCGGGAAAGACCCGCUCCCGCAGGCUUGCCCCCGGGCCGCGCCCUCCCCAAAUCCUUCUCUUCUCCGCCCUCUCCUUCCUACAAGAGGGAAGAGGAAGAAGAGGAGGAGUUCAGCUUUGAUAUCAUUCCGCCGCCGCCAGAGUUCAGCAAUGACCCUGAGCCCCCCGCCCCUGCGCUGCAGCAUCAGGGCCGCCGCGGGUCCCCACCCAGGAACAACUUCUCGGACCUGGGGCAGCCCUUGGACGCGGGCCCCGGGGCCAGCCCGGCGCGCGGCUACUCGCGCUUUCCCGGCGGCGCCCAGUACCCCGGGCUCGGGGGCCUGGAUCGCUUCUCCGGCAGCGGACGCUCGCUCAUCAAGAAACGCCUGUACGUCGGGGAGCCCCACCGCAACCCCGGGACGCCCCGCGGCGCCACUGGCCGCAGCCUGAGCUCCCCUAACUGCUUCGGACCGCAGCCGGGAGGCCCCGAGAUGCGGCGGGUCAACUCGGCGGGCCGCGCGGCCCCCGGAGGCCUGCACGCACGGAGGCUGUCGCUGGAGGGCGCCCGAGGCGCAGCCGAGGUCAAGUACAAGGCGCCCGGAGGCAGUGGCAGUGGCAGUGGCAGCAAAGCCGGCGACUAUGGCUUCGUCCCAGCCAAAGGCAGCAGGUCUCCCCACGGCGCCACCCACUACGGAAGUCCCAUCAAUACGUUCACCGUGAGGCCAGGGACGCGCCAUCCCAUCUCCUACGCCUACCCUGGAACCCAUCGGAAAACCACCUCCUGAGCUGUGUGUGGUGCACUCGGCUGACUUCUAGGGGUUGGGUUUGGGCAGUUGUUUUGUGUAUAGGUGUAUAGGUCCCAGCUCACAGUACCGAGAGCCUUUGCUCUGGAAGACAGACAGACAGACAGGCCGAUGUGUGAGUGGCAGAGGCCUGUGGAAGAUGGAAACAUGACCAAGGGACAGCUUGGCGGAUGGGGGUGGGAGGGGGAAGGAGGAGCUUUCUGGGCCUGCCCUGUUUCUGCUAUCUGGUACUGUCCGCUUUAGCAAGGGCUAUUGAAACCAGUUUACAGGCAGGUUCUAAAAGAAGGGCUGGGCCUCAAGGCUGAAUUGAAACCCAUGGGGGUGACAGUUUGCCUGUCAGAACCUCACAAUGUGAGGCUCUCUUUAACACCUGCCUGCCCCCCCCCCCAACAGGUAAUAGCUAGCUGAUCUUAGGCACUUGGAGAUGAGAUCAAGACUGUUUGCAUAACACAGAGCACUGGCCAGGGCCAAGGCUAGGUUCCUUCUCCUUGGCCUUGGCUCUUACCCAUGAGAAGGCCUUGACAGAGCUUGGGGUGGGACAUGCUUUUCCAUCCAGGCCCUGAUUCAGUCCUGAUUGAGGGGGUGGGCCCAAGGAGCCACAAGGUCCAGAAAGUGUGCUGCCAACAUGGAGAUGGGUCUUGGAAAAUCAAGGGUAGUGUGCUGAGGCCAGUUCAGAGCAAGGGAGACCAUUUGUCCUCUGUCUGGGCAGUCCAGGGUUAUACUAGUGAAUUGGAGUGUGUGGAGUGUGUGGUGUGUGUGUGUGUGUGUGUGGUGUGUGUCCUGGUUUGUGUGUUAUGUCAAAUAUAUCAGGAACAAUAAUUGUUCAGGUGAAGACUGACUGGAUUCCUGGGACCAGGUCAAGGCAGAAGAGAAAGGAAGGGCAGAGGGGUGGUCCAUCUCAUAUGAACAGACAUGAGGAAGCUCCCUGAGGGAGCAGGAUGUUGGGCCUCUGUGAUCUGUGGUACUAAUUGAAGUAUUAGGUGGUUGGAACAAUAGGUGAACCAGCCAGGUGGCUCAGACAGGGUGACAAAUUCACUGUGUUCAUGAAGCCACACCCAUUGACACAGCACUGGCCUAUAACUGUUCCCCUAAGCCGAGUUUUAGGAAAGAGUUUGCUAGUUCAACAGCAGCAUCGAGGCUUGAGUGGGGUGUGGCCUCCCAGCUCUGGAGUGCUCUGGGGUGGGUAGAGAGGGGCUUGGUCUCACUUGGCAUGGGAAAUAAACAUCCAGUUUGAACUGGCCCCUGCUCUGCGGCUGUGGAUUGGUGACUUGGAUCUUCCCUGGCAUCAUGGGACUCGGAGUGCUCAGCUGGACAGUG